CCUGUUACCCUGGCAAUGAAACCUCGGCAUUCAGGAUGGGGAGAAGGGAAAAGAAAAGAAAAAAGCAAAAUUCCGGUCCAGCAGCACCUUAAAGAUCAACUAGAUUUCCAGGGCUUUCCCGAGUCAGAGAGCGUGGGAAAACGAAAAGGUCCUUAUAAUCCAGGCCGAGGCUGAGAAGGGUAUUGCAAAUUAGUGUCAGGAAGCUCGCUACAAAACAUGAAGAGCAAGAUUAGAGCCUGGGUGGGAAGGGCAGAAAAUCAGCUUCUGUAAUGCAAGAAAACGGUCAUUUUUUUUUUAAGCUGAGGAAGCCGGGUUGCGGUUUCCUUUUCAGCUUCCGGAGUUUCUUGGGGCUUCUUCCCGGACAGCUCCUAGGGCAGCCCCUUUCCUCUUAUCCCCGGAGGCAUUUGGGACUGCCCGCACCAGCCUCACUAUUCGCUUGCCUCCGUCCCAGGCCUCCCAUUCGCCGCUGCGCCUCCUUCCUCCGCUUUCCGUUGCAGGAAUUCGUGGCGGCUUGAAGCGGGGAGUCCAGCGAGCGUGCAGCAAUGCCGGGCUCUUUUCCGUCGAGCAUCGAUCCCAAGCUCUUCGUGCUCUUGUCGCUGCUUUCUGGAGUUCGGGGUGACUGUGGAAAACCUCCAAAAUUAAAGAAUGCCAUCCCUCAGGGAAAUGUUGAUGCUGCAAGCUUCCCUACUGACACAGCAGUAAUCUAUGAAUGCCUGGAUGAUUUCUAUAAUAUUCAAGGGAAAUUAGAUGUUACAACAUGCCUUUCAAAUUCACAGUGGUCACCCAUAGAAGAAUUUUGUGAAAGCAGCUGUCCUGUACCAACUAGUUUAAAAUAUGCUCAACCAAAGCCAGAGGAAGCGAGUAAGAGUUAUUAUACUCCUGGGACCACUGUGACCUAUGUCUGUCGCCGAGGUUAUGACAGCAUCCCUGGAAUGAGUCCUGUUAUUAUUUGUCUUCAGAAUAACACUUGGUCAAAAGUCCCUGUUUUUUGUAAAGGUAAAUCAUGUGGCGAUCCAGGAAAACCACAAAAUGGCAGAGCUGUUAUUCUAACUGAUCUCCUGUAUCGAGCAAAAGUAAAUUUCACCUGUGAUGAUGGGUACAGAUUAAUCGGAACACCUGUUACCCAGUGUUUAACAGAGAGUAAUACCGUCAAAUGGAAUAAGGAGCCUCCAGAUUGCCAAUCGAUCACUUGCUCUUCUCCUCCCAAUAUCACUGGGGGCACUCAUGAUGGAGGAGAAAGUUUUGAGAAUUUCCCAUAUAACUCAACAAUUACUUAUAAAUGCAAUCAUGGCUUUUCACUAAUUGGAGAGGCGUCCAUUCAUUGCACAACUGAAGAUAAAAUAAAGGGAAUCUGGAGUGGCCCUGCUCCUGAAUGUAAAGGUGACUGUAACCCUCCUGAACCUAUCCGCAAUGCCGCACUAAAGCAAGAACCAAAGCCAAGCUAUCCUGCUGGGACUGAGUUGACUUACACUUGCAUCUCAGGUUAUGAAUAUAUUCCUGGAAAGCGACCUGUUAUUCGAUGCCUUGACACGUCAGAGUGGUCACAGGUUGAUGUGUUCUGUCAAGGAAAACGAUGUCCAACUCCUGAUAUAGAGAAUGGCCAUAUAGUAGAAGACAGUGAACUGCGGCUAGGGGAUCAAAUAACUUUUGCCUGUUAUGAGGGAUACAGACCAGUAGGGAGAACUGAAGCUCGGUGUAUUUUGAGCGGCGGCAAUGUUGAUUGGAAUAGUAGGCCUCCACAUUGUGAACGUGUUCCUUGUUAUCCCCCUCCUGAAAUUGCCAACGGUAGGCAUAAUGGGCAGGGGGACAGCUAUACAUACGGCUCUGCAGUAACAUAUCAGUGUGACCCUGAGUUCUCUCUGAUUGGAAACAAGACUAUUGUGUGCACAGUUGACAAAAAUCUGAACGGAAAGUGGAGUGGAUCUGCACCUCAGUGUAAAGUGGUGAAAUGUAGAACACCUGAAGUCUUAAAUGGAGUAAUGAUAACUUCGUAUCAGCCUUCAUACACAUAUCAGGACAGAGUAGUAUUUAGAUGUCAUGAUAACUUUAGGCUGAAGGACAACAGAGGUGAUAUUUCAUGUGGAUCUAAUAGUACAUGGGAACCUCGUCUUCCAGAAUGUAUUGAAGAUAUUCGUCCAACUACUUCUUCAGGAGGAGAUAUGAAAAGUAGCACUCCAGCAGGGCCAACUACACGGUCACCCAUUGGGUCAACAGUAAAACCAGUGGAAGAAACCACUGAAAUAGCAACUUCAACAGUAAAAAAUCUCUCAGGAAAUUAUUUGGGAUCUAUAGAGCCAACAGAGAAGCCGAAAGAUGAAUCAGGAUCUUCUGUUGGAGUCAUUGUUGGAGCUGUUGUUGCCGUUAUAGCUGUGAUUGCUAUAACUGUUGGUGCUCUGAUAGGCAGAGCUCACCUUAAAAGACGGGGGAAACUUGCCACUCAUUCUUCCCCUUCUGAGUCUUACACUGCAGUGCCGCGUAAUACAGAUAUAUCAUUAGAAGAAAAAGAGAAACCUGUGAAAAUAAGAGAUAGCUGUGGCCCCCCAACUAGAUUCUACUUUGCUGAGCUAAUUGAUGAGCAUAAAAGCAAGACUUCCUUUCCUGUUGGUUCAACUGUGAAAUACAGGUGUCGACCAGGCUAUCAGGGACGGAGGACCUCUGUUACGUGCCUUGAAACGCUGAAGUGGUCAGAAGCACCUACAUUCUGUGGAAAAAUGACAUGUCCAAAUCCAGGAGAGCCAGAUAAUGGCAGGGUGAUCGUACCAAAAGAUCUCUUCUUUGGUUCCACUGUAAAUUUCAGCUGUGAUGAAGGGCACAGGCUAAUUGGACAGUCUUCUAUACGGUGUAUAAUAGCAAACCAAAAAAUAAUAUGGAGUGGUGGAAUUCCUCGAUGUCAGCGUAUUCCUUGUUAUCCACCUCCAGAUAUUCCCCAUGGCAAGCACAAUGGCAGAUACAAUCAAGACUAUGUUUAUGGGGAUGCUGUAACUUACACCUGUGACAAAGGCUACCCCCGUAUUGGAGAUGCCUAUAUUCACUGUACUACUAAGGAUGGAGAAAAUGGAGUGUGGAGUGGCCAUGUAUCUUGUGGAGCAAUUCAGUGUUCUGCACCUCAAAGUAUUGCCAAUGGAAAAUACACCAGUCAGGCAUCAGAAGUUUUUGAUAACGGGGCAUUUGUAGAGUACAGCUGUGGACCUGGAUACAAACUUAUUGGGGAAGCAAGAAUUUAUUGUACAGAGACUGGGUCUUGGAGCUCCCCAACACCAUACUGUGAAGUCAUAGGCUGUUUAGGUCCAGAAAUUCAGAAUGGAAGAAUAACAAGUUCUAAAGUGCUCUUUGAUCCCCGGGAGAUAAUUACCUUUGAAUGUGACCCUGGCUACAUCCUGCAAGGCACCCGGGUGAUUCAGUGCCAGUCUAACAGUACAUGGGACUCUCCUGUACCCAUCUGUGUAAAGGUAAAGCAAUGCCAAAGACCCCCAAAUAUCCAGCAUGGGAGUCAUAGCAACCUGGAAUCAGCAGUGUUUGCCAAUGGGAUGUUUGUGAGGUAUAAAUGUGAUCCUGGCUACACCCUUAUUGGUGAGAAAACUAUUUAUUGCACUACCUCUGGCACUUGGAGUCCGCCUGCCCCUCACUGUGCAGGAAGCUGUGGCCCCCCACCUAACUUAAACUUUGCUGAGCUAACCAAUGAAUAUAAAAACAAGACUUCCUUUCCUGUUGGUUCAAUUGUGAAAUAUGGUUGUCGACCAGGCUAUUAUGGAUUUAGGACCUCUGUUGCAUGUCUUAGUAAUCUAACAUGGUCAGGCAUUGAUAAACUCUGCAAAAAAAGAUCAUGUGAAAAUCUAGGAGAUGUAGAGAAUGGCAGAGUGAUUAUAUCAGAAGAUCUUUCAUUUGGUUCCACUGUAAAUUUCACCUGUGAAGAAGGGCACAAGCUAAUUGGUCAGUCUUUUAUACGAUGUGUGUUAUCCGGCCAAAAAGUCACAUGGAGUGGUAAAAUUCCAUUUUGUCAACGUAUACAAUGUUAUCCACCUCCAGAUAUUCCCCAUGGCAAGCACAAUGACAGAUACAAUAAAGACUAUUUUUAUGGGGAUGCUGUAACUUACACCUGUGACAAAGGCUACCCCCGUAUUGGAGAUGCCUAUAUUCACUGUACUACUAAGGAUGGGGAAAAUGGAGUGUGGAGUGGCCGUCUAUCUUGUGGAGUAUCUCAGUGCCCUGUCCCUCCAGACAUAGCCAAUGGAAACCACAAUGUAACUGCUGGGAAAGUGUUUACUUCUUACAUGUCUGUCACUUACUUUUGUGAUCCUGGCUAUUCACUUAUUGGCAAAGCAUCUAUUUCUUGUACAGCUUCUGGGAACUGGAGCCUUCCUCUGCCUCACUGUGAAGUUCAGUGCUCUACACCUCAAAGGAUCACCAAUGGAAAAUACACCAGUCAGUCAUCAGAGGUUUUUACUAAGGGAGCCUUUGUAGAAUACAGCUGUGACCCUGGCUACCAUCUUAUAGGAGAAGCAAUAAUUGAUUGUACUGAGUCUGGGUCUUGGAGCUCCCAGACACCUUCCUGUGAAGUAGUACAAUGUCCUUCACCUCCAGAAAUCCUGCAUGGGGAACACAAUGCCCUGGAAUUGGCAAUAUUUACUAAUGGAAAAUCUAUAAAAUACCGCUGUGAACCUGGGUACAUCCUUAUUGGAGAGGCAACUAUUUAUUGCACUGCAUCUGGUGCAUGGAGUCUCCCUGUCCCCAAAUGUGAAGUGAUACAAUGCCAGAGACCCCCUAAAGUCCAAAAUGGGUUUCACAGCAACCAGGAAUCAGUGGUGUUUAGCAAUGGAAUGUGUGUGAAGUAUACAUGUGAGGAUGGAUACACUCUUAUCGGUGAGGCAACAAUUUAUUGCACUGAAUCUGGCACAUGGAAUCUCCCUGCCCCUCGCUGUGAAGAAACUAGCUGUAUAUGCCCAGUGAUUCAGAAUGGAAGAACAACAACAUCUAAACUUUCUAUCAAACCCAGAGAGACCAUUGAGUUUGAAUGUGAUCCUGGUUACAUUCUGGAAGGGAAUAAUGAAAUUCAGUGCCAGUCUGAUGGUACAUGGGAGCCUUCUGUGCCCAUCUGUGUUAGUGGUAACAUAGAUACUGAAAUUCCACCAACUCUGCGUUCUUCCAUUGUGUCACAGUGUCCCUCUCCACCACAUAUUGAUAAUGGAUAUCACAUUGGAGAGGCCUUGUAUGUUUUUCCCGCUGGAACAACUGUAAGCUAUAGCUGUAUUUCAGGCUAUAUCCUCAUUGGACAGGAAUCUAUCUCUUGUACAGAGUCUGGUGCAUGGAGCUUCCCUCCUCCUCGGUGUGAAGUGUUGCAGUGUACUCCUCCACCACCUAUUUCCAAUGGUGAGCACGAUGGCCACAGACUGGCUAACUUUACUGUUGGCACAAGUGUAAAUUAUACUUGUAAUCCUGGCUACUUGCUAGUUGGUGAGGCUUCCAGUCACUGUACAUCUUCUGGAGCGUGGAGUCAGCCUAUACCUCGGUGUGAAGUUAUGAGAUGCCCACCACCUCCAAGGAUUGUUCAUGGAAGAUAUUUUGGAGAAAACUUCAUGUAUCAGACGUCUGUUAUAUAUGUUUGUGAUGCAGGCUAUUACCUUGUUGGAGAUCAUAUGGUUACUUGUACUUUACAAGGCUCAGGCUCCACAAACUGGACUGAACCUCCAAAAUGCAAAGGAUGUCUUGCACCACAAGAGAUUGCCAAUGGGAAACCUGAUACUGAGGUUCAGGAAGAUUUUGCCUACGGAUCCUCUGUGAUGUACCGUUGUGACCCAGGCUACUUCCUUACUGGUGCAACAACAAUAUACUGUCUGCAUUCUGGAAUGUGGGAGCCACCAGUCCCUCAGUGUAAAGUAGUACAGUGCCCCUCACCUCCAGAAGUCCUGCAUGGGGAACACAGUGCCCUGGAAUCAGCAAUAUUUACUAAUGGAAAAUCUAUUAAAUACAUCUGUGAACCUGGUUACGUCCUUAUUGGAGAGGCAACUAUAUAUUGCAUGGCAUCUGGUGCAUGGAGUUUCCCUGUCCCAAAAUGUGAAGCCAAGGGAUGUAUUGGUCCAGAAAUUCAGAAUGGAAGAAAAUCAAGCUCUAACAUAGUCUUUAAACCAAUGGAGACAAUCACAUUUGAGUGUGACCGUGGUUACAUCUUGAAAGGCAACAGUACAAUUCAGUGCCAACCUGACAACAUGUGGGAUUUUCCUGUGCCUCUCUGUGUCAGGGAGAUGCAAUGCCAGAGACCCCCUGAACUCCAAAACGGUUUUCACAGCAACCAGAAAGUCACUGUUUUUAGCAAUGGAAUGCAUGUGAAAUAUACAUGUGAGGAUGGAUACACUCUUAUCGGUGAGGCAACAAUUUAUUGCACUGAAUCUGGCACAUGGAAUCUCCCUGCCCCUCGCUGUGAAGGUAACAUAGAUACUGAAAUUCCACCAACUCUGCGUUCUUCCAUUGUGUCACAGUGUCCCUCUCCACCACAUAUUGAUAAUGGAUAUCACAUUGGAGAGGCCUUGUAUGUUUUUCCCGCUGGAACAACUGUAAGCUAUAGCUGUAUUUCAGGCUAUAUCCUCAUUGGACAGGAAUCUAUCUCUUGUACAGAGUCUGGUGCAUGGAGCUUCCCUCCUCCUCGGUGUGAAGUGUUGCAGUGUACUCCUCCACCACCUAUUUCCAAUGGUGAGCACGAUGGCCACAGACUGGCUAACUUUACUGUUGGCACAAGUGUAAAUUAUACUUGUAAUCCUGGCUACUUGCUAGUUGGUGAGGCUUCCAGUCACUGUACAUCUUCUGGAGCGUGGAGUCAGCCUAUACCUCGGUGUGAAGAUUUUACCAUAUUGUCAUUAUCCAGAUCAGAAGAUAGAUUACCAAUUGGCUGCAUCCUCCCACAGAUUCCUGGUGGCAAAAAAGCAGAAGUAGAAAGUGUGUUACAGUCUGGAGAUAAUGUGACUGUUGAAUGUGAAGAUGGAUAUGUCUUGGAAGGUAGCUCAUAUGUUCAGUGUCAGCAUGAUUUUACAUGGGAUCCUCCAGUGCCAGUUUGUAAACCAGUUUUCUCUGUCAUGGCUUUAAUAAGCUUUGGAUCUGUGGUUGGUUUCCUUCUGCUUUUGACUAUUUUGGGUAUUAUCUGGAUGACUGUUUCUAAGUGGAACAAAGUCCGGUACACUCCUGCAAAUAGCAAAGAAAUAUCUGACAUUCCAAACAGUAGAAUAUCAUGUUCCUCUAAUUUACAACUUUGAAAACAGCAUCAUUUUCACAGUAAUGGGCAAUGUGCAUUGGAAAUAAGCGGCUUAUUGUAAUCUACAGAUCUUGAAAAGCUAUGGCCAUUAAAUGACUGUUGUUUCCAUUAGUCAAAAAGUCACAGCAUACACUGUUGUAUUUAGAUAGCUUAUUUCCCUUUGGACUACAGCUGAGAGAAGCAACAGACUUUGGAUCGACUUGUUACAGCACAAGUGCUUGUUAUCACUAACCCAGAGAUGUAGCAGCCGAUCUGCUAACUGCACAAAAGUUGAACUCCAAAUUAUUCGCUUUAUUUUCCUGGCCUUUAAAAGUAAAGAAAAGCAAACAGUACUUAGAUGAAGUGAAAGUUUUUUUUAAAAAAAUUGAAAUAUAUAAUAUCCCUCUCAUCA